AAGUUUAACAGUAAAGAAGAAAAAAGAAAAUGAAACGAUCCAAAAACAGUGCAGCUGCGUUUGCCCAUUACUUCACAGCCUGUGGUUCUUGAAAAUCAGUGAGAUAAUCCGACAAGUUAAGAUAAUUCCAAGCAUCCCAUUCUCCACCAUGUGGGAAUCAGAGAGUGAGUCCCUUGGAGGGAGAGAGUAUGGCAAUGGAGUCAUGAGCUCAAGCAAACACGGUGUCAAGACUGAUGGUUUUGAGCUAAGAGGCCAGUCUUGGUACGUUGCUACUGAUAUUCCAAGCGAUCUUCUUGUUCAAGUUGGAGAUGUAGAUUUCCACCUACACAAGUUUCUCUUGCUUUCUCGGAGUGGGAAGAUGAAUAGGCUUAUCUACGAAUCGAGAGACUUGGAGCUAAGCAAGAUAUGUUUGGAUGAUCUUCCCGGAGGGUACGAGGCAUUUGAGCUAGCGGCCAAAUUCUGCUAUGGAAUUGCUGUUGAUCUAACAGCGGCUAACAUAUCAGGCCUGAGAUGUGCUGCUGAGUAUCUGGAAAUGACAGAGGAUUUGGAAGAAGGCAAUCUGAUUUUCAAAACUGAGGCUUUUCUCAGUUAUGUUGUGUUGUCUUCCUGGAGAGAUUCUAUUUUGGUAUUGAAGAGUUGUGAAAAGCUGUCUCCAUGGGCAGAGAACCUUCAAAUUGUGAGAAGAUGCAGUGAGUCUAUAGCCUGGAAAGCUUGUGCCAAUCCAAAAGGAAUAAGAUGGGCAUACACCGGAAAAUCGCAGAAAGCCUCCAGCCCCAAAUGGAACGAUCUCAAAGACUCCAGCCCGAGUCGAAACCAGCCAGUUCCUCCCGAUUGGUGGUUUGAGGAUGUUUCAAUUCUCAGAAUUGACCAUUUUGUUAGAGUCAUUACGGCAAUCAAGGUUAAAGGCAUGAGGUUCGAAUUGAUUGGAGCCUCAAUAAUGCAUUAUGCAGCGAAAUGGCUUCCUGGGUUGAUCAAAGAGGGGUCAGGAGGAGGUGAUGAAAUGAGUGUUAGUAGUAAUAGUAAUAGCAGCAGUAGUAACAGCUGGAAAGGCGGACUCCACAUGAUUGUGGCAGGAACAAGAGAAGAUACUCCGACAAUUCAGUCUAAAGAUCAACGAAUGAUCAUCGAGAGCCUAAUCAGUAUAAUCCCACCACAGAAAGAUAGUGUGUCUUGUAGCUUCCUUCUCCGGCUUCUGAGAAUGGCUAAUAUGUUGAAAGUAGCACCUGCAUUGGUUACUGAGUUAGAGAAAAGAGUUGGAAUGCAGUUUGAACAGGCAACACUGGCAGAUCUUCUGAUUCCGUCUUACAAUAAAGGCGAAACAUUGUAUGAUGUGGAUCUUGUUCAGAGACUGUUGGAACAUUUUCUUGUUCAAGAACAGACAGAAAGUUCAAGUCCAAGCAGGGCAUCAUUUUCUGAUAAGCACAUGUAUGAUGGAGCUCAAAGGACUGCCAAUCCGAAUGCUAAGAUGCGAGUGGCAAGACUCGUUGACAGUUAUCUUACAGAGGUUGCCAGAGAUAGAAAUCUGUCUCUGACAAAGUUCCAGGUAUUAGCAGAAGCAUUGCCAGAAUCUGCAAGGACAUGUGACGAUGGCCUUUAUCGAGCAAUCGAUUCUUAUCUUAAGGUAACUCUCGUUUUUUUUGUCCUUUCUGAUUUUCAGAAGUUCACAGUUCUAUGUAGUCAGAGAAAUAUGUCUGUGCAUACUCAUUUCUUAUUGCAAACUGAAGAACUUAUAUAAAAUGCCAAAGCGGGCGGCAUAGUGAACUUCCUCCAUUAUUAUACUGAACCAUUGUUGCUCCUAUCUCCGGGGAAUAUAUACAUGCAAACAUAUACACGCCGUAGAUGGAUGUUGAAUAUACAUAUAUUCA